CAUGCGCUCCCGACACUGCAGUGCGGGGGGAAGACACGGACCAAACAGCACCAUGACGGCACCGGGCAACACCUACGACGUGAUCGUGGUCGGCGGAGGGUUAUCGGGUUUGAGUGCAGCCAAGCUGUUGCAAGCCAAUGGACUGAGCCCUGUGGUCCUGGAGGCCAGGGAUCGGGUUGGCGGUCGCACCUUCACUGUGCGGAAUAAGGAGGUUAAGUGGGUUGACGUGGGCGGAGCUUACGUCGGACCAACUCAGAACCGCAUCCUCCGAUUGGCCAAGGAGUACGGCAUUGACACCUACAAAGUCAACGAGGAGGAGAGUCUGGUGCAUUAUGUCAACGGGAAGUCUUACCCAUACAAAGGCUCCUUCCCUACCGUGUAUAACCCCAUCGUCUUGUUGGACUUCAACAACCUGUGGAGGACAAUGGACGACAUGGGCAGGGAGAUUCCCAGAGAGGCCCCCUGGAGAGCUCCCCAUGCUGAGGAGUGGGACAAGAUGACCAUGCUGGAGCUGUUUCAGAAGAUUUGCUGGACCAGAUCCGUUCUCAACUUUGCCAAGCUGUUUGUCAACGUGAACGUGACCUCUGAACCCCACGAGGUGUCGGCUCUGUGGUUCCUCUGGUACGUGAAGCAGUGCGGAGGAACCAUGAGGAUCUUUUCCACCAGUAACGGAGGACAGGAGAGGAAGUUUAACGGCGGCUCCGGUCAGAUCAGCGAGGGAAUGGCCAGAGAGCUGGGAGACCGAGUGAAGCUGCAGUCUCCGGUCUACCGGAUCGACCAGAGCGGAGACGUGGUGGUGGUGGAGACGCUGGACAAGCAGACCUACACAGCCAAGUACGUGAUCCUGGCCACGCCUCCCUCCCUGAACAUGAAGAUGCACUUCAACCCCGAGCUGCCCCCGCUGAGGAACCAGCUGAUCCAACGCGUCCCCAUGGGCUCCGUCAUCAAGUGCAUGGUCUACUACAAAGAGAACUUCUGGAGGAAUAAGGGUUACUGUGGCACCAUGGCGAUAGAAGAGGAAGACGCUCCUAUUGGCCUGACCCUGGACGACACCAAGGCUGAUGGGACCAAACCCUGCAUUAUGGGAUUUAUCCUCGCCCGCAAGUGCAGAAAGCUUUCAGUGCUGACCAAAGAGGAGAGGUUGAAGAAGAUCUGCGAGAUCUACGCCAGAGUGCUGGACUCAGAGGAGGCUCUGCAUCCGGUGCACUACGUGGAGAAGAACUGGUGUGAAGAGGAGUACUCCGGGGGCUGCUACACGGCCUACUUCCCCCCAGGGAUCCUGACCCAGUACGGCAGGGUGCUGAGGGAGCCGGUCGGUAGGUUGUACUUUGCAGGCACGGAGACGGCCACUGAGUGGAGUGGCUACAUGGAGGGUGCCGUGGAGGCCGGAGAGAGAGCAGCCAGAGAGGUCCUGUGUGCUAUGAAUAUAAUUCACCAGAGUCAGAUCUGGCAGACGGAGCCUGAGUCUCUGGAAGUCCCGGCGCUGCCCUUCGACACCAGCUUCUGGGAAAGAAACUUGCCUUCAGUCGGCGGCUUGCUCAAGCUCGUGGGAUUCUCCAGCUUCCUGUCUGUGGCCGCUGCAGCCGGCCUGGUGGCCUACAAGAAGGGCCUCCUCCCCCGGAGUUAAACGGCCCACAGACGUCUUCUCACUCCUCUGCAUCUCCAAGGGUGCACAUCUCCACAGACACUCCUGUACCUCUAGUGCACUACUUUACGGCCCACACUUCAAAGCAGUGAACUAUGUCCAGUAUAGGUUGUGUUCUUUAAGAAACACUGGUCACACGUACGUAACACUAAUGCACCAACGCUCUGUGCGCUGUCUGUUCUCAAAAGAAAGAGAGAGUGAGACAAAGUGAUGUGCUGAUUAAGAGUUAAGAGAGAGGAGAAAAGAAGACCGAACUUCAGUUUAAAUCUACAAAUAAUCUGAGAUUCAGCUUUUGUGAAACCAAUCAAGGAAAAAGAACAGAAUCAAUUUUAAAAAGGAUAUAUAUAUAUAUAUAUAUAUAUAUAUCUCACAGCACAGUGAUUAUUCCAUACAUUGCCAAUGACAUUCACAUUCCUGAUUACAUGUGAGUUUAAUGACUCGUCAUGCUUUCUCUGUGUGUGUGAGCUUUGCAUGCGCACAUGCUUUGGUGAGCAUGCAUUUGCGAGUGAGAGUUUCAGUUGUGUACAAAGUGUGUGUGUGUGUGUGUGUGUGUGUGUGUGUGUGUGUGUGUGUGUGUGUAUGUGUCUGUGUGGUGUGUCUACCUCUGCUGGUUAUGGGUGCUACUUCCUUCUGUCCGAGCAGCUGUAGCUGGUUGUUGAGGUCCAGUAACAUCAGACUAGAAGAGGCUGGUGCUGUUGCCCAUCACAAAAUCAAAGACGAGGGCGAAUGAAAAGGUGGUGAUUUUUCUAUAUUUUUCUUUUUGUCAACUAAUCCCAUCAGUAUCAUCUGUGUAUCCAAAACCGGAUUUUAUCUUCUUCAUCUGGGCCUCAGAGCUCAGUUUCUUUUUUAAUUGCACAUAAAUGACCCACACUGUUGCACAUCGUGACGAACAUGAACAUGAGCACUAUUUUAUGUCAAUCCCGCACACGUAAAUACUCAAUAAUGCCCCCAAAUCAGUAUCCGUGGUAAAUACUCGGAAUGCAAAGUUUAUGCAAAUGUUGUGUUUAUUCGCCCCCAACAGCCGAAGUGACUGUACAAAAACAGUUUUUUCUUCAGGAGGGGCGGAUAGGGUCAGGAUGUUGGAAAGUAUUUAGGGACGGAAACAAUUCAUUUGUAGUUUACAUGGGAUUUGUUGGCAGUGAGAAAAAGAAUAAGAGAAAUGCACUAAAAGCCUUGUCCUUUCAUUAAAACUUGUAUUUAUGGGUAAUGUAGUUCUACCAAGCUGCUCUGUUAUCUUUUCGUAAAUGUAAUGGAGGCAUUCGAAUGUAUUUUAUUCAAACUAGAUAACAUUAUCUAACAUUGCUUUUUCUCAUUCUCAUAAUUACAGUAACACAGUGGAGGGUGUUGUAGCUAUCUAAACAGCACAAUGCUACGUUUGUUUCAAAUCUUAUUAUUGGAAGAUAUUUUCGAGCACUCUGAAGGCCUUCAAAAAUAACAGUGUUACUAACACUUACAUUAUUGCGCCUAACAGAUGCUUCACUGUCCCACUUACAACGAGUUUAAAGCAUGCAAGAUGUAGCUCAUGUAGCUGUGCGAGUACAUUUCAAAAUUUGUUAACGAGCACAGAAAAUUAGCCUCUUGGCAUUUAGAAAAGGACCGGAUGAUCAUUCUCAGAAAGAUUAUGCAGACAUUUUGUAGAAACGGAAUUCUUGCAACACAAUUUUAAAAAACACGACAGACUACUUGCACUAAAUGGUAAUUGUUGGCCACGUUGCUUCAACAGCAAUCCACCAUGAGUUGCACUUAGAUUUCAGUGUGUGUGUGUGUGUGUCUGUCGUUUUCUGUCGUGCCUUAAUGGAAGUCCAAGUGUUUUUUGUCAUUUCUCUCAAGUGCCUGUGUGACUCUGCACUGGAGAUCGGAGGUCAGAUUGACCGUGGUCAUCGGGUUGAUCCUCGUAACCACCGAUACACGGGGAUGAGCAAGACGACCCCGUGUCCCUCUUUGUCCUCGUGUUCCCAAAAUAUAACCCCUCCAUGUCUAAGCAUCCCCCUGUAUUACCUGAGUUACGUCCUCAGUAUAAACUCGACUCAGGUAAAGCCAGGCGUGUGAACACGGUGUCAGACGUGAAUAAUGGAGCUCAGACUGUUGAGUUGAUCCAACUGCUUAUCUCCAGUGAAGCCAAGUCUGUGUGUGUGUAUUUUGUAUUGUGAUUGCAGUGCUUCACUAUGUGUCUCCCCCCCCCCCCCCCCCCCCACUCCCUUUAUCCCAGCACAUGCACAUACGCUCACAUUUGAAAACAUUUUCUCUGAAAUGUUUCUGACUUCAGUGAACAAACGCAGUCCGUCCGGACUACGGCGCCAUCAGCCGACACAAUGCAUCCGAUCCGUCUUCAAUUCUUUUGUGGAGAACCCGAGACCGGUCCUCCGUCCCCGUGCAUUCGAGACUCUUCCUGUGACCCCCGUUAUUUGAUGUCUUUGAUUCCUCAAAACAAAGCUCUUGAUAAAAAUGUGAAAUAAAUCUACU